UUUCUCGCUUGUCUCCAUCCAUCAUCUCAACGUUGCUGUCACCGCAAAUUCCCUCUCUUUCUCUCCCACUCUCUCUCUUUACACAGAAGAAGAGUGUAAGAGAACAGUUGCUCCCCCUUUUCUAGGAGGAAAAUUUCUAGGAUCACAUCCAUCCGCCCACCCAGUCUCUUAAAUGUUUCCUGGAAACAAUCCCCGAAAAGCCUUCCAGACAACCCUUUCAAGCUUUUCUGGGAUUGAUCAAACAUACAUAGAUUGAUCCAAACAAGUUAUUAAUAAAGCAGCAAAAGAGAGGGAUGUGAAGCCCAGCUAGCCUGCAGUUUCAAGAACAACAUCAAUAUGGACUCUUUCAAAGCGGAAAACUUGAGCAUGAUCAGCAGCAACACGAACAUGACGAUGAUCCCAUCUUCGGCUUCGGCUGCGGCUUCGUCUUCUUCAUCGCUGUCGCCGUCACCGUCGCCGCUCAGCCGCUACGAGAGCCAGAAGCGGCGGGACUGGAACACCUUCGGCCAGUACCUCCGCAACCACCGGCCGCCGCUCGCUCUCUCCCGCUGCAGCGGCGCCAACGUCGUCGAAUUCCUUCGGUACCUCGACCAAUUCGGCAAGACCAAAGUCCACACCCAGCUCUGCCCCUUCUUCGGCCACCCGAACCCGCCGUCGCCGUGUCCCUGCCCUCUCCGGCAGGCCUGGGGCAGCCUCGACGCCCUCAUCGGCCGCCUCCGCGCCGCCUUCGAGGAAAACGGCGGCAAGCCUGAAGCCAACCCCUUCGCCGCUCCUGCAGUCAGGCUUUACCUGCGAGAAGUCCGCGACUCGCAGUCCAGAGCCAGAGGCAUCAGCUACGAGAAGAAGAAGCGGAAGCGUCCGCCCCCACUUCCACCACCGACAUUGCCACCGGCAACUUAAAACGAAAAGUCCCGACUCCUAAACAAAUUUUACACAAAACCCUGCAGACCACACUCUCGUGUGUCUCUGGUCAACGCGCCGACCAUUCUCUCGUGUGAGAUAUAUAUAACUAACUUUUGACCGUAUCACCUGCCCAAUAUACAUAUGUGUAUGUGUAUGUAUAUUAAUAAGUCGUAUGGUUGAUCAGUCUGUGUUUGGUUGAUUCUUGGGAAACAAUGCAGUAUGCAGGGGCCUGUGUUCAGAUUUGUGGGUACUGUACUGGGAGGUACCCUUCUGUUUCUAUAAUGCAAACAGUUGCAGUUUUAGUAGCUUGAAAUGGGAGUAUGUCUACUAGUUGUAGUUAAAGUUCCAUGACACUCAAAAGCAGCCAUUUAUGACAAGUAAUAGAUCUGCAUAUCAUGCUCCAU